AUGUGGCGCAGCGUGGGCAUUUUGCUCUGGAAGAACUGGCGCGUCAAGCAGCGCAACAGUCGCUUGAACAGGGGCCGCACGGGCAAGCGCUGGCUCUUUCCCGCGCUCGUCACGGACGUUAUUAUGCCACUGGGGCUGCUCCUGCUCUUGAUCCAGACCAUGUGUCGCUACAACGCCGAGCUCGCGAUGCGGCCUGGCGGGGAGAAUAGUCCGAUCAGUAGUGCUACUGCUCCUGCGGCGGCAGCAGCAGCGGCGGCUCUCAGUAGCAGUAGUACGCUCAUGGACAUUGGCGACAUGUUGGCGACGGCGGACGUUGACGGGGACGCGCGACGUCGGCUGACGCCAUUGGACGACGAUUUCCUCACGGACGCGGCCGAGGACGACAAUGUGUCGAUUGUACCGCACGUGACGGCACACGACGUGCCGAUGGUGGCGCACGCGACGCCCGAGCCUGUGACGCUACUUCUGGCGCUCUUGCCGUUACUUUUGGCGCGAAGUAACCAAAGCCUCGCGUUUGUAGACCGCGAAGACACGGUCCGUUUUCUGCACCACCUCGACCAACAGUAUCCGAGUGCACCGGAGUUGGGGAUCUCGAGUUACAUGGACGUGAGCAAACUCGUGCCGUUCAACUCGACCAUGUCGAACGACGAAGCCACCGAAGCGCUGCUCGAGUACCCGACACACAGUGGCGUCAAUAUCUACGCGGGUUUGGACGUCCGGCGCGUGACGGCGCGCGAAGAAGAAGAGGAGCGGCACACACUGGAGCUACUGACACUGUUCUCGGAGGAGCAGACGAAGAACGCGCCGGUCGAAAACGUGGAAACCCAAGUGGACAGGUUUGCGAUCAACGAGUUGACGUUUGACAGCGGCGGCACCAUGUUGUUUCCAUACGUGCUUCCGUUCCAGAUGUCGCUGAACAUGCUCCUUCGCGAGAGCUCGACGAGCUUUGCCAAUGACGAAGUUGUGGACAUCAACACCCUCGCGCCAAACACUGUUUGCCGCACUGUGAACAAGAUGUUGCAUAUGGGCGGUCUCCGAUGGGGCGCGUUUCCCGCAACGUCGCCUCUGGGACGCAGCAUGGAAGCAUGCAGAACUGCAGUGAAGGAAGGGAAGCUGUCGCCAGAGAUCCAUCACUUUCUGUCGAACCUCGUUGGCAAAGUGGCAUCGAAUGACGAGUUGGACGUGUUGGUGGUGUCGGUGCUACCGAGCCGCUCUACUGACACCAUCGCCGGUUCACUCCAGGGCAACAUUGUUUUCUACAUGGCGUACUUGUUCAUGUGGCCAUACGUGCGGCUGAUUUGUGAUGUCGUGGGCGAAAAAGAGAAGCAACUGAAGGAGUAUUUGAUGAUCAUGGGGCUACCAGCGACGGCGCUUUUGGCUAGUUGGUUUCUGCUGUACAUCUCGGCCUCAGCAGUUGUGGCACUCAUGGGAGCAUGGCUGCUCAGUGGUAGCAUGUUUGCUGCUACGCUCGAUGGACAGGUCUACUUCUUUCUACUUCUUAUAGCAUUUGUAUCGAGCAUUCUGCUUUUCGGCAUUGCCAUCACACCCCUCUUCAAUCAGACGAAGACGGCGGCAGCAUGCGCACCAAUGGUGUAUUUCGUUCUGAGUGCCGGAGCCUUCAUUCGCUCGCUGGUGGGCGCUGAUGCGGUCGCGUCAUCCACUUCACUGGCCAUGCUGCUGUCAGUGCUGGACGGCAUCAGCUCUCCGGUGGUAUUCAUGUCUACGUUGCGCAACAUCCUGGCACUGGACGCAACAACUGGAGCUUGCAGGCCAAUUACCUGGAAUACCGUCGCGACACCGUACCGCCAGUUGGCCAGCCAGUGCGCAGGAUAUCUGCUUCUUGGAUGGUACUUGGAAAACGUGUUUCCGCGCACGUAUGGAGUGCAGCAGAAAUGGUAUUUUGUGUUCCAGGCGUCUUACUGGUUCCCUAAGAACUUGAAUCCGCAGUCGGACAGCAAUGAAGACAGCGAGCUUGCGCAGCUGACUGAAAUGAAUUUCGAGAGUAUCGACGAUCGGCUGGACGACACGCUUCGUGAGCAGACUCUGUCCGAGUACAUGCAGCACUUUCGCCCGUCCCUGUUUGUGCGGUCUCUGUCCAAGACGUAUCCGAAUGGAAAAGUGGCGCUGCGAAAUGUGUCGUUUGGUGUAAAAAAGGGAGAGAUAUUUGGGCUGCUUGGUCCCAAUGGCGCCGGCAAGAGCACAACGUUGUCGAUACUAAGCGGAAUCAUACCGCCAACAAGUGGAGACGCGUACGUGGGAGGGUCUAUCAGCGUGGCAACGAACCCACAAGCGGUGCGAAAGAGCCUGAGCGUUUGCUUCCAGCAAAACAUUUUGUACGACAAUCUGAGCGUUUGGGAGCAUUUGUGGCUGGUGUGCGCCCUGAAAAACAGCAUGGGGAUCAAGACUGUCCCUGAGGAGGCUUGGCCCAGAAAGUUGCAGCAAUUCGGGCUCGACGAAAAGCACGACGCACUAUCAAAGACCUUGUCAGGUGGGCAAAAGCGUAAGCUGUCGCUUGUAUUGGCUCUCCUGGAUUCAUCUCGUGUGCUGUUGCUCGACGAACCCACCGCCGGUAUGGACAUGAGAGCCCGGCUGGACACAUGGGACACACUGAAGCGCGCUGUGACCCAUCGUGCCGUGAUUCUGACCACGCAUUCGAUGCAAGAAGCGCAGGCGUUGUGUGAGAAUAUUGGCAUCGUCGCUGAUGGCAAGCUAAAAUGCUGCGGCUCUAGCUUGUUUCUGCAAAAUCAGUACGGAGUGGGCUACAAGCUCACGAUCGUGCAUUGUGAGGAGGAUGAUCAAGAGGAUGACGACCACAGUAAUCUACGAUCGAGACGUCAAUUGCGCACAGACCAAUUGAUGAAGACGUUGACAAAGCACGUACCGAACGCUGCCAUCGUGAGUGACAGCAAGUGGGAAACGCGUGUACGGCUGACUGAUGGAAAAGAAAAGCGUUUGGCGGAGCUGUUUAAAGAGCUGGAAACGAUGAAGCAGGCGAAGACCAUCAAGCGCUAUGCGAUUGCCGCAACUGGCUUGGAAGAUGUGUUUGUGAAGGUCACUGAGGGCGAGGAUGUUUACAACCACGCCAAGGACGACGUAAAGAACGACGGUGGUCUUGGAAGCGUUGACGCAGUGCAUUCGAAAAUGGAGGGCGGAAAGGCCAAGCCGACAACGAGUCAGCAUGCCGCUACCACCGAUAGACAGCUGUCAGAGUGGGAAUCUUCGAUCUCGAAGAUUCGCGCUAUGGUUCUGAAGCGUGCAAAGAUGGGUUCUCGUGACAAGAAGGCGCUGUUUGCUCAGUUUGUGUGGCCACUUGGCUUUUUCACCACUCUUAUGGGCGUGCUUCACAACUUGCUCACAUCUCAACCGGGUGUUGAGGUAGUGACGUCCUUACCGCCGGCAGCGAGAGGAACGUCGUUCUAUAUAUCGUCUGCGCCAUCAGCGAUUGAUUCGGUUUCGGACAUGGUGGCGCAAAUGGAGCUGAGCAGUCAUCCGAUUGUGUUUGACCGAGACGCGCAGACCGAGCAGGCCAUGUUAGACGCGAUAGCGAGCGAGCGCGCCACAACGUAUUUUGCUGGUGUGUUUGUAUCGGAUGUUAAUUGGACGACAACCGGUACAAUAUCUUCCGAAGUGAUGAUUUACUCGCUUUACUACAACGAAACAGUGCGUCGCUCGUUACCGGUAACGCUGCAAUGGAUGUCACAAGCGUAUUGCAAGGCGCGCGCGAAGCACGAAAACGCUCCAAAAAUCGACAACUGCGAGCUGGUUGUGAAGAAGGGUGUAUACCCGAUGGAUCUCGCGAUUGGUACGGGAGUGACCGCGGGUGAAGAUGGCGUGGACGUGAACUUUGACGAAGCCAUUUUUGCUGUCCAGCGGGUUAUGGUGUCCUUUUACCUUUUGAUGGCGAUGAGUUCCAUCAUCGGCUAUUACGCCGCGCUGGUCGUGAGGGAGAAAGAAUGCGGUUUGAAGCGUCUGCAGUACCAGCACAUUGGGACCGCCAAUGCGUCGGUCUUGUACUGGUCGUCGAACUUGCUGUUUGACUACUCGACGUACAUGCUGGCAGUUAUCGCGAUUUGUGUCAUUCUUGCGGUAUUCUCUGCGGCGCUUAACAGUGCAAUUAUUCUCGCCUGGUUCGUCUCUAUGGCGUGUUUCGGUCUGGCAAUUCUUCCCGCGCAGUACCUCACUUCAUUAAUCUUCUCAUCACACGCGUCGGCGCAGUCGUACAUGUCGUAUGCUUCGCUGUUCCAGAUCGUGGCGGUAUCCGUCGUGUUUGCUCUGUCGAUGAUUCCUGGCAUGUGUAGCAAAGUGCGCACUGCCUCAUAUUUCUUGCAGGCAUUUCCACUGUAUACGUUUGGCAAUGUGGUGCUCGAGAUCGGGACAGUAUCUUGGGCUCCCAUGCGACAGCAGUGUCUCAAAAUAGGUGAUGAACUUGCAGGUGGAGAUCUGCUAAGUAUGCUUGAGAAAAUGGAUCUCAACGCGCAGGCUUCUGUUUGGGACUGGAAUGUCGCUGGAAAUAAGUGGUUUGCCAUGUUGGUAUGCUCUGUGGUGUACACGUCCCUUUUGCUUGUGGUGGACUUUUAUCAGAUGUACCCCACCGAGGCGCAACACAAGAUACGACGCGCAUUGAGUCAAGGGCGAUGUUUCUUGCUCUGGCGUCGUAGUAGCUACGGGCGAGGCUACGCAGAGGCCGUUCAAACUGCUGUCGACGAAGAGUGUCCUGACUCGAACAUGGUGCACGUGACGCGAGUUUCGAAAGUGUUCAAUCCUCAGAAAAAGAUCUACGCACUGGGAACAAACCGAUGCGCAGCCGGCAGAAAUGCCGCUGCUUUGGCAAGUGGGAGUGGCCAAGUGGUGGCUCUGCACGACGUGAGCUUUUCUGUAAAGAAGAGAGACUGUGUGGCGCUGCUGGGUGUCAAUGGCUCUGGCAAAUCGACGAUGUUCAACAUACUCACCGCCGCCAUUUCGCCCACUAGAGGCAAGGCGACGAUCGACUCGUGCGACGUGACGAAUGAGCCCCGAGAGACAAGCAUGAGGUAUGGCUACUGCCCUCAGGGCAAUCUUUUCUACAAUGACAUGAGCGUGCGCGAACACCUCGAGUUAUUUUACCGUCUCCAAUGCCGCGGGCACGACGACGUAUCAUGUGAAGGCGCCCGAAUCGAUGACCUCGUAAGGCGGCUGGACCUGCUUCCGGUGGAAAACACCGCGGCUUUGCACCUCAGUGGGGGGAACAAGCGACGACUCAUGCUUGCGCUGUCCCUUUUGGGCGACCGCACGACACUUUUGCUCUUGGACGAACCUUCAGCCGGCGUGGAUGUAGUGGCUCGACGGCUCAUGUGGCGUGUCCUGCACGAAAAGCGACAGAGUCAUAACCGGCUUUGUUGCUUGUUCACUACCCACAGCAUGGAGGAAGCAGAGGCUGUGUGCGCAAACGCAGUGGUGCUGCUCAAAGGCAAGACAGUAUGGUGCGGCAGUAUUCCAGACUUGAAGCAGCGCGUGUCGCGAGGCAUAUCGAUCAGCGUGCGACUGGACAGCCCGGCUAUCUGGAAUUCCGGACUGGUGAAGCACUACACGGAGGAGAUCUGUCGCUCGCUUCAGUCGAAGACGCCUACAGGCUCUUGUCAGAAGGAGUCGAAACGCAGCAGCCUUUCGCUGGGAGAAGUCAAUGAAAUCUGGGAACUCUGCCACGGUCUCAUGUACAAGGAUCAUGACGCUGCAUCGACGCGAUCUCGCCAGCGCGGCAAGAUUUGGCUAGCAGGUCUACGCGCUCGUUUUGGAUCGGAAGCGAAUAGACCGCGAAACGUGUCGAAACCAGCUGUCGACGUCGAGGCGCUGCCAGUUGUCCCCAUCGUUGAGUUUGUACAAGAAUGGCUUGUGCAAGAAGCGUUCGUCCGCCUUGAGUCGCAACUCUUUACUGGCGAGUUCACCUCUCGAUCCGGCGAGCCUGUGACGAUUGCAGCCAUCGAGAGUGCCCGUGGAAGUGGGAACAACACCAGCAGAGUGUACGAGACAUCAUGCACGGACGCGUUCGGGCUGGCAGAUGUGUUUGCUCUCAUGGAAGCGAACAAGCAGGCCUUCAACGUUUUGCAGUACAGCGUCAGUGAGAUGUCACUAGAGCGCAUGUUCGAGCAGUUUACGGGUCGCUAA